AUGCCGAUAUUCAAAGUCGACCCAGAUGAAAACCACCUAUAUUCAACACAACUAUCACCAGGUGAAGUAAGUUCAUUGGAUUUAGAACAUAGUCCACACAGCCACGAUUCGGAGGAAGGCAUGAAAGACAAACAUCCAAACUAUCAUCAACAUUAUGUAUCGAGGAAAAGACGAUUUCGUGGAGAUUCUGAGGACGAACACGAUCAUGAUAGAACAAGUUCACACGGAAGUCCGGACAGCAGCGGAGAAUCUAAUCUAAAGAGGCGGAAAAUCAGUGGGCAAAGUUACGAAGAACUUCAAACACAACGUGUUAUGGCCAAUGUCCGUGAACGCCAACGAACUCAAUCAUUGAACGAUGCUUUCUCAAACUUACGAAAGAUAAUUCCCACUUUACCAUCUGAUAAACUAAGCAAAAUACAAACUCUUAAACUCGCUUCACGUUACAUCGACUUUUUGUAUCAAGUGUUACGAAGCGAUGAAACGGACAAUAAAAUGGCAAGUUGUAGCUAUGUAGCCCACGAAAGACUUAGUUAUGCUUUCUCAGUCUGGAGAAUGGAAGGAGCAUGGAAUUCGAUGGCGCAGCAACGGUAG